GCUUGUUGCUGCCAAACCAGCUGGACCGAUCACCUGACCCUUUAACUGAGGUUAUGCGUCUGCUCUGAGCUGACAUGCGGAACGUGGACAGACUCACCGGAGCUUUUGGAGUUGCGCUCUUUCUACAUCUCAGCCAGUGACUUUUUCAAAAUUAGUUUUUCUGCGUUUUUUACGCAAUUUAAAUCGCUUUGGCGCGCCAUGUCAAACUGCCGCAGCAGACCGCGUAGAGGCGCGGCGUCUUGGUGAAAGUUGCGCUCAGGUCUGCUUCAGCUCAGGAUGCACUGCCUGCGGACACCGGGCGCUGCGUCCGCUUGGAUCCGAGUCGCGCUUCUCCUCUGGGGGAUCUCCGCCGCUGUAGCCAAGAGACACGUGGUUUACUGGAACUCCACCAACACCAGGUUAACAGCAGGAGAUCUAUCCAUCCAAAUGAAUCUCAAUGAUUACCUGGACGUCUACUGUCCCCACUAUUUGGCCACGGGGGCCCCCGUUCCAGAGCAGCCGGAGUCCCUGGCCCUCUACCUGGUGGGCGAAGAGUCCUUCAAAGGCUGCGUGGAGACCAAAGGGGCCAUCAAGAGGUGGGAGUGUAACACGCCCUUUGCUCCAUUUGGACCGGUGCGCUUCUCUGAGAAGAUCCAAAGGUUCACCCCCUUCUCACUGGGGUUUGAGUUUCUGCCAGGAAGACACUACUACUACAGCUCUCUGCCGACAGAUGAAGGCCCUCCUCUGCCAUGUAUGAAGUUACGUGUCACAGUGUGCUGCGAGCCCAAAGCAGAAGAUCCAAAUCCCAAACAAGGAACACACCGCCUACGUAGCGCUUCCUCACCGAGGACAGCUUCCCUUCCACUCGUCCUCUUCAUCCUCCUCUCGCUGAUUACCUGACAGAUCCGUCCGUCCUCAUCGUUCUCUGUGGGAGGAGUCAUUCAGAUGUUGGGAGGACAAAAGCCACACCACACCAAGCUGCUGCCUCGUGGUCGUUGACCAGCUUUCUGACUCAGGGACACGACUUCUCUUCUGGGUUAAAGGUCGACGUUUUACGAGCACAGCCGAGACUCGCCGUCUGUAUCUGACGCCAGAAGAACAAUAAGAGUUUCUGAAUCAUUUUUCUUGUUGUUUUAAUGUUUUUGGGUUGUUUUCUUUACUUCUGUUGAUCCGUUUCUUUUAUGAGGGACUUUCUCCAGGCCAAAUCAAACUACCGUAGGGAGCGGCUCAGGUUGGAAGUCAGCCAGCCGGCCGACGGCUUUAAUCCAGAACAGAAAAUGUUCUCAUUUGCAUCAAAUCAAGAUGAAAGACUUUUGGGACUAAUUAGUUCUUGUGAAGACAUGAGCGCUGUUGCAGAGCAGUGCCGCUGACUGGGCUGCUGCGCCCCCUGCUGGGAUCAAACUGGUUUCACUGCAGCUAAACUGGUUCGGACAUUAACCCAGCAGGUCCAGGUCUGGUUCGGGACCCGGGGGUUGGCCCACUCUGACUUUCAACCUCGUUUUCUACUUUUGCACUCCCUAAGCCCCUCCUUUCAAACGUAUUCAGGACCAGAGGGCAUUGCGGGUAAAUGAAGAGCGGAUUCAGCUGUCGGUGUCGAUGUGCACCAUUUUUGUUUCUGUUCAUUAUUUACGCAAGAUUUGUGCUUUUAUUUAGCAAAAAAAUCAAACAUGGCAGCAACAACUCAUCAGUUUUACUAAACUGCAAAAGAAAAAUCAAAGUUUCUGUUGUUUAUAAACGGGAAACCAAAUCAGGGUAAAAUAAAGUGUUUUUGUUAUAAGUUGAAUUGAUGAUUUUUAACUGUAAAAUCUCAAAGAUCCUAAUGAAUCACUUCCUGUAGUUUUAUAAUGAAACCAAUCCUGUUGUGUAUUUUCCUUUAACUAUGAAAUCUUUAUGUAUUUAUAAUGUUGUUUUCCCCUUUUAUUGGAACAGGUUGUGCAGAAAAAAUAAGAAAGAAUCAAAGUUUUGUCUUGCUUUAAAAAAAUUAUAAUUUUUAGCACUUAAAAUAUUUCUACUUUCCAAAAACGUGGCCGUCAAAAAGCUGAAAAUCACUCCAGCUUUCUUGUUUUGUGUAAAACUCCCAAAACACCAGAAAAGCCUUGUUUGGUGGGACGUUUACUGGUUUAGCUUCGCUGAUGCGUGACGCUGCUUUCACGUGAGGGUAGGAUUUAGUUUUUCUACAUUUUUGUGUUUUUCACAUUUUAGUGAAAAUGGGAACGUCUUCUGUGAAGAGCGACUGCAAUCUGAGCCGUUUGCUGUGGCAGGACAACAAAUAAAGACGAUUGCAACAAAA